CCAAUGUACUGUGGAACUAAUGGGCAGAAGCAAGGUUUCCACGGAGCCAUUUCACGUCCGGCCCAUAUGCGAGCUAGCCUCUUCCUCCAGCGGUCUGUUUGGUUCUUCGUGAGUGCGUUGUGUGUGUUUGAUGCGGUGUGGAGGAAAGAGGAGAUGUGGUCCUUUUUCGCCAGGGAUCCUGUCAAAGACUUCGCUUAUGAAAUUCUCCCGGACACCCAAGAAAAGUCUGGAAUAUGGACUCUACAUCGCGGGAAGCGGAAGACCAAUGGAGAGCCAGUGUCUGUGUUUGUGUACGAGGUAUCACAGGGAACAGAUCCGCAGACACAGCUGGCCAAGGCUGCCGUCAAGCGUAUGAAGACCCUGCGUCACCCCAACAUCCUGGCCUAUGUGGAUGGAUUAGAGACAGAGAAGAGCCUUUACCUGGUUACUGAGCAGGUGACACCCCUGGCAGUCCACCUGAAAGCCCAGGCAGAGAAAGGCGGUGCUGGGGAACUGGAGAUCUCCUGGGGACUGCACCAGAUAGUGAAAGCUCUGAGUUUUCUGGUCAAUGACUGCCACCUGCUCCAUAACAACUUGGGUGUGUGGUCUGUUUUUGUGGAUCGAGCCGGAGAGUGGAAACUAGGGGCCCUCGACCAUGUGGCCCCUGAGCAGGGCGACCCAAGCGGGUUCUCGCUUCCUGCCCCAAAGGCCGUUUACCCAGACAUGGAGAAAUACGACCCACCAGAGAUGUCCAACGGCAAUGGAGAGAAAUGGGCAGGGGAAGUGUGGCGGCUUGGCUGCCUGAUCUGGGAAGUGUUCAAUGGGCCACUACCUCGCGCUUCCUCACUCCGUUCACUGGGAAAGAUCCCGAAGGCCUUGGUCCCUCAUUACUGUGAGCUGGUGGGGGCCAAUGCCCGGGCUCGGCCCAACCCAGCCCGCUUUCUCCAGAACUGUAGAGCCGCCGGGGGAUUCCUCAGUAACAGCUUUGUGGAAAGCAACCUUUUCCUGGAGGAGAUACAGAUCAAGGAGCCAGCCGAGAAGCAGCAGUUCUUCCAGGACCUUAGCGACAAUCUUGACUCCUUCCCCGAAGACUUCUGUAAACACAAGGUCCUGCCUCAGCUGCUCACCGCCUUCGAGUUUGGCAGUGCGGGCGCCGUUGUCCUCACACCACUCUUCAAGGUUGGAAAGUUCCUUUCGGCAGAAGAAUACCAACAGAAAAUUAUCCCCGUCAUUGUGAAGAUGUUUUCCUCCACAGACCGAGCCAUGAGGAUACGACUGCUGCAGCAGAUGGAGCAGUUCAUUCAGUACCUGAAUGAAGCAGCAGUCAACUCCCAGAUUUUUCCUCACGUAGUUCACGGCUUCACGGACACCAACCCUGCCAUAAGAGAACAGACUGUCAAGUCGAUGUUGUUGCUGGCUCCCAAACUGAACGAGGCCAACCUGAACCAGGAGCUCAUGCGCCACUUUGCCCGGCUGCAGGCCCGAGACGAACAAGGCCCGAUCCGGUGCAACACCACUGUAUGCCUGGGCAAGAUCGCUUCCUACCUCAAUGCCGGGACUCGACAGCGUGUUCUGAUUUCUGCCUUCUCGCGAGGCACUAAAGAUCCCUUCCCAGCUUCCCGCUCCGCUGGUGUGCUGGGCUUCGCCGCUACACACAACUACUACAGUGUAACGGAGAUUGCUGCCCGCAUCCUCCCCACCCUCUGUGCCAUUACUGUCGACCCUGAUAAGAGCGUCAGGGACCAGGCAUUCAAAGCUAUCAAGAGUUUCCUUUCCAAGCUGGAGACUGUGUCAGAAGACCCCACCAAGCUGGCUGAUAUAGAAAAGGAUGUAGCGUCAUGUGCUCAGCCUGCCGGUGCUUCUUCCGGCUGGGCCGGCUGGGCCGUGACUGGCAUGUCCUCGCUGACUUCUAAGCUGAUCCGCAAUGCUCCAGGGACCGAAGGAAGUGCAGCAGCUGAGGGAAGUGGGUCCACCAGCACCACCGGCCCUACUAGUGCCACCGACACAGAACCUGCCCCUGCAUCUGGUUCUGAUGAUAAAACUCCACAACUCUCUCUGAGUCACCCUGCUGCCUCUAGUCUUGCCAACCAAUCACAGACUCUCGAGGUAACAGACAAAGAUCAAGAGCCAAUAGGAGACCGGUGGGAUGAGGAGGAGGACUGGGGAAGUUUGGAGGAGCCACAGAAAUCUCACACAGAACCCGAAGACUGGAACACCGACUGGUCAGGAAUGGCAUCUUCCAAAAAGAAGGUCGGCGACAGAGGAGUGGGCCGGUCGUCAUCCUCGGUGACGGUGAAAAAGCAGAGCUCUGACUGGAGCAGCUCAGGCUGGGACGCUGACGACAGCUGGUCCAACGAGAAGGAAGGCCAGGGACAGAGCUCUGCAGGCGAGGAGGGCUGGGGCAACGACUGGGGGGAGGAGGAGACGGACACAACUCUGGCCAAUAAGACGCUCUCUCUGCCGGAAGGGGUACGGUUAGCCAGCGAAUACAACUGGGACAAAAGCAUUGCAUCAAAGGGAGCCAGUCAGAACGACCUGUUCGCCAGCGUGUCCCAGAGAAACGCAGCCAGCACUGCUGACACCACGGCUGGAGAUGGCUGGAGUGCAGAGGCAACAGGAGACUGGGGAGCUGAGGAGAGUUGGGAGUCAGUGGAUGGAAGCCAGGGUCUCAGCAAGGCCGAGCUGUCCAAGAAGAAACGGGAGGAGAGGAGGAAGGAGCUGGAGGCAAAACGGGCUGAGCGCAAGGCUGCCAAAGGUCCUCUCAAACUGGGCGCACGCAAGCUGGAUUAAAGAGGAGGGGAGAAGACGAUGAUCCCAGAGCUGUGGACAGAGGCCAGACAUUCCAUAAGUAAAGGACCAGAAAGAGGUGUUAUAAAAGCUGCUAUAAUGGAGGUUUGUUGGUUUGAGCAUGAGGUGAAAAUGUAAAUUCUGCCGAGUAAAUUACUCUCAACGUUGAAGGAAAAUGAUAGAUGAGCGAAAUGGCAACAAUCCAUUGCUUUGUGAAAGCAGUGUUGGUGAUGGAGGAGUUAAAACAACGGAAAACAAAACCCAGAGAGAUGUGAAACGGCACCGAGCAGCAUUCCUGACAGCAGACGUGAUUUAACAAAAUGUCCCUCUGUUCUUUUUUUUUUUUUAAGUCAUCACUCCUGCAGUUGUAAAGUAAAUGUAUAUAAAUGAUGAAUCUCGUCUUAAAAUGAAAAAAAGAAAGAACACUUUUUAAGAAGACAAUUGAGAAAUAUAUAGUAUAUAUAACAACAUUUCAGUAUCAAACAUAUUAUGGUACUGAAAAAGUUUUUUUCAGUGUGCGCGCACUCACACAAACACACACACACACACACACACACACGCACAGAGUGGAUAUGAAUGUUUUAGUUCAGCUUUCACUUAAUUACAGAUUUUUAGACUUAAAAUCAAUCCAUGCAUGCACUUGUUCAUUUUUGAUGCCUAUCAAAAGGCUCCAUGACAAGAUGAUACAAAUCUGCUGGUUUUAUUUUGCACAUUCAACACUGUGUUUUACUGAACUGACAUUCGGGUCAUUUGACUGGUUUCAGAUCUGUACAUAAGAAACAUGCACUGCAGACACGAAAUGGAGCAGCUGGGCCAUGGGAGUACAUUGUUCAAUAGAAGCUGGAAACCUGAUUUUAUCCUUUGUGUUUACAUGCCAUUUCCUAUUUCUCCCUCGAGGUUUAGUGCAGUGGUGGAGGGGGUUUAUGAAAUCAAAUGAGUUUUAUUUUCAAGUCCUUUGAAGGGUUUUUUACCUGUAGAAUCCCACAGAUUUCACUUAAAUCCUUCAUGAGUAUCUGAGGAGAAGUAACUUUAGGGGUGGGGUCUGGGUAAAGGAGAAUCUUCUUUUACUCUUUUAUUUGUGCCUUUUUUUUGUAAAUCGCAGAUCUGUUUUGUAGGAUCACUUCCUAGAAAACCCCACAUUUCAUCAGGCAAUUACAGAAGUGUACCUGAAACUUGUCCAACCAGCAGAUUCUGUGUUUCCAUCAAACUUUUCAGUGUGACCCCAUACCUGCUGUCUGUGAUGGAUAUGGUGUUGUUAGGUCCGGUGUUGUUCUGUUAUAAUACUACACGCUGUGUAGGAAAGCCAGCUGACACAAUCAAUGGCCAUCAUUGGAGCUAAUGUCCUGGUAUGGGGUGGUCAGGUCAGGAACGAUUAUUCUGACUGCAGACAUUGGUUUACAGAAAGUCUAAAUCAUGUAGCAUGUGAGCUGUUGUUAAAUAAAAAUACAUAACAUGAA